AGAUGGGCAGAUGCAGCCUCCACAUUAGGACAGCACAUGAUCUGCUAGCCCCACGGAGCACCCACCUGCCCCCCUUGUCUUGCUCAUAUCUCAUGAGCUGUCUUAUGUAGCAGUGAUUCUCCCUGUCUGACCAGUGAGGAACCUGAGGCUCAGAGAGUGGAACUGACUUGACCAAGAUUGCACAGCAUGGAUGGUUCCAAGUUGGAGCCUGAACCCAGGGUUCUUGCCUCUUGAGUAUGGCUGGAGACGUUCGAGUGUGAUGGGUUGGGGUGGGGUCCAGGGCAUUGUGGUUCUGAACUUGUUCAGUUUAGCAACUGCGCGGGGCUGUGCUGUGUCAGAGGUGGAUCAGAUGGCUUGGAGUCCUGCCCUGGAGUGGGUUUGGGGGUGCUCAACCCCACACUGAAAAUUAGAAGACCAGACCUUGAUAAGGCCCUUCCUCUUCAGGAGUCUCAGUUUCCUGAUCUGUAAGGUGGGAGGACCAGCCUAGCUGACCUGAGACCCACACACUCAGAUGCUCUGAGCUCAACCCCAAUGGGUGGCUCCUACGGUCAGGAUCCUGAGGCCUCCCAAGGGGGAGAGAGAUUCCAGAAGGGGCUACAGAGACCCAGGGCCUCCAGCGGAGGCUGCAGAGGCUUCACACGACAACAGCACCUGCUGAUGACAUCUGAGGUUAGCCCUCAGCUAUUUCCCCAGACAAGCCCCAGUGUUCAUGGUGCAGAAAGCACACCAGAAAAGGCUGGGGGCCUAUUGGCCUUCAGCCCCAUGGAGGAGAUUUGGGAGGGGGCAGAGGAUGACUUCCAAGAUUCUUCCUAUCCUCCAACCCAGCCUUGUCCUCUCUACUCCCCUCAAGCCACAGAGAUGACUGACAGUUUCCCAAACAUAUGGCCCCAGUUUUCGCUCACUCUGCUCCUCUUCUCUCUCCACCCUCUUGACUCCUACCCAUCUUCCAAAGGCAGGUGUCCUCUCCUCCAGGAAGCCUUCCCUGAUCACUGCCCGCCCCCCAUUCCCAUUAGCGUCCCUCUUGGUUCCUUCAGCUCUCAUCACCUUAAGUUGUCACUGACUAUUUCUGGUUCUUCCCCUGUCCUCUUCCCUCCACCCUCAGCCUUGACAGUGAGCUCCUCAAGAUCACGGAAGGGUCUGACCCACCUCAGGGUCCCUAAGUGCCCCGCACAGGGACAGGUGUAGGUAUGGCAGCCCCUGUAAAGGGUGAGUGAGUGAUGGGGUAUGGUGGGGUGUAAGUCCUGCUGGGGGUCCCUAAGCUGCCCUCCCUUCUGAGGAUAGCCUUCAGUGUGGGAACCUUGAUCUGUGGUCAGUCUGGCUGUGACCUUGCUUCUCUGCCCAUAAUACCUGUGGGUUUCCUGCCCCUCUUAUCUUCCUGGGAUACCCCCAUCCUCCCUGCCUUCUUCACGUGCUAAAAUCAUAUCUCUUUUAAUUAUUUCACAAAAUGAGUCUAAAUCAUCUCCUUUAGUCAUCUCGACAAACUUACGAGGCAGAUACUGUUCUUAGAUUGCAAGGAAAUUGAGAGUUAAGUUGUGGAGCUGAGGCUUGUCCAGAUCCUAUAGCUGGGAAUGGCAGAACUGGGAUCUCUCACCCGCCCAGUGCCCUCCCCUGCCCCUCAGUGGUGUUCUGGAUCCAGAGCCUCUGUUUUCCCUUCACAGCACUCCACCCCCAGCAGAGGCAGGCAGCAGGAGUUUCCAGAAUGGUGAUGGGUCACUUUCCCCUGUCAGACUGGACAGGGCCAGCCAGACCAAGAUUGGAGCAGAGGAGGCAGCCCGGGGAAGGCUCAGCCUGGCUGACUUCCCGUGACCCAGAGCCCAAGCUGUCUCCACCUCCCUGUCUCAGGAGCCCAGGCACUGCCUGCCCUGAGAAAUGCUGGAAGCUGGGCGAGGCCCCAGGCCAGGGGACCUGUUUUUCCUGUUUCCCACAGAGUUCCCUGCAGCUCGGUCCAGGGGUCCAGGCGGGUGCAUUCAUGAGUGAGGAAUCUGAGCCUGCGCUGAGCAUCCUGACAGUAAGAGCAGGGGCUGGUCAGGGCGAUGGCCACAGGCCCGGGCCUCUGGAAUGGCACCAUCAAUGGCACCUGGGAUGGGGAUGAGCUGGGCUACAAGUGCCGCUUCAAUGAGAACUUCAAGUACGUGCUACUGCCUGUGUCCUACGGCGUGGUGUGCGUGCUCGCGCUGUGUCUGAACGCCGUGGCUCUCUACAUCUUCCUGUGCCGCCUCAAGACCUGGAACGCCUCCACCACAUACAUGUUCCACUUGGCCAUGUCGGACGCGCUGUACGCGGCCUCCCUGCCCCUGCUGGUCUAUUACUACGCCCGCGGUGACCACUGGCCCUUCAGCACAGUGCUCUGCAAGCUGGUGCGCUUCCUCUUCUACACCAACCUUUACUGCAGCAUCCUCUUCCUCACGUGCAUCAGCGUGCACCGAUGCCUGGGUGUCCUGCGUCCACUGCGCUCGCUGCGCUGGGGCCGGGCCCGCUACGCCCGCAGGGUGGCCGUCGCCGUGUGGGUGCUGGUGCUGGCCUGCCAGGCACCCGUGCUUUACUUCGUCACCACCAGUGCACGUGGUGGCCGCAUUACCUGCCACGACACCUCGGCACCCGAGCUCUUCAGCCACUUCGUGGCCUACAGCUCCGUCAUGCUGAGCCUGCUCUUUGCGGUGCCCUUCGCCAUCAUCCUGGUCUGUUACGUGCUCAUGGCUCGGCGGCUGCUAAAGCCGACCCACGGGACCUCGGGAGGCCUGCCGCGGGCCAAGCGCAAGUCGGUGCGCACCAUUGCCGUGGUGCUAGCUGUCUUCGCCCUCUGCUUCCUGCCUUUCCACGUCACCCGCACCCUCUACUACUCCUUCCGCUCGCUGGACCUCAGCUGCCACACCCUCAACGCCAUCAACAUGGCUUACAAGAUCACCCGGCCGCUGGCCAGCGCCAACAGUUGCCUUGACCCCGUGCUCUACUUCCUGGCUGGGCAGAGGCUCGUGCGCUUUGCUCGGGACGCCAAGCCACCCACAGACCCCACCUCUACCACCCAGCUUCGCCGCAGGCUGGGCCUGCAUAGGUUCAACAGAACUGACACUAAGAGGACAGAAGACUCGGCCAGCAGUGAGGACUCUAGACAGAUAGAGUCCACACCGCCUGGUAGUGAAAACACUAAGGACAUCCGGCUGUAGGACCGGAACCCCUUGGGCCUGUGCCAGUUUGUGUCGGGUGGGACUGUAGACUUGUCCAAAUGGGACAGUCUCCCCAGAUAUGGGCCAUCAGUGAAUCAGGCCGGAUGGUCAAGGGGGCCGUGACCCCAGUGCUCUGUCAUUUGACAGGGGCGCAGUUUGUUCUCUGUGGUCCAGAGAGCUCAGCAGUCCCCACAUCCUGAGUCACCAUUUGUAUGUGAGAUGUGGGGAGUAAGGUUUUAAGAAAGGCAAGUGUUUGGGGCCAGCACUGCCCCUGGCCUGAAUCCCACAUAAAUACCUGGCUGUGCCUGCCAAGGUACCUAGGCUGGGCUCCAGACUAAUCAAGUCAAGUGGAGAAACAGGCCCAGAGAGGAAAGUGACUUAACCAAGGUCACACAGCCAAGCCUGUGCCUGAGCUGCCUGGGAGGGACAGGGUCGCAGGUUGACCAGAGGACGCUGGUAAGGAGUCAGGGCCGAGCCAGAGGUUCCCACGAUGAGUCGGAGUGGUCUGAGUGCCACUGUGGGCUCAGCUCUGAGGGGGACGCCCAGCCCAAGGGAUGAACGUCUGGGAACUGAUGUCAUAAACCCAUCUGGAGGCUGGGAGCCAGUUUGAGGCUGGGACUUGUACUAAAGGUGUUGUUACCUGCUGAGCCGGACCCCGUUGUGUAGUUGGAGGUUGGGGAUACAGCCUGGGGAGCUCUCACCAUCCACACUAGGGUCCUUUCUCCAACCUGUUCUCUUCCGCCUCCCCAGUAGCUGCCUCAGUGGUGGUCUCGUACGAGGAAUAUAAAUGUACUCUCCAGACCCCAGGUCAUCCUCCACUUUAAAGUUAACUGGCUUUUAUGCCUGGUUUUGCUGGGUACAGAGGGGAGUCAGGUGGGGUCCCAGUCCUCAGGAUCCCCCAGUUUAGGAUUUAAUGGCGAUGACCAGUCAUGCGCUGGUAAAAGUUCAACCAUUUAGCUGACUCUCGGUGGGGGGUGCGGGGGUGAGGGGAACCCAUUAUUUGCAGCAUUGCCAGUUUCUGUGGUACAAAUACUCCUGCCACAGCCAGUUUCAGACUACCAAUGUGAUACCAGCCUCCUUGCAAAAUUCCUGAAAAAUUAACAGAGGGCUCUUGAGAGCAGGUACAAGUUUCUCUAGCACACCACUGGAUAAUGCUGAGUGGUUGAGGCAGUGGACCAGGGCAUCAGGGAAGGCUUCCUGGAGUGGGUGGACUUCUGAGAAAAGCACUUCAUCAGAGAAGAACAUCCAGGUGCAGGUGCGUUCUAGGCAAAGACAUGGGGGCAGGAGAGCAGGGCCUGCAGGAACUGGAAGCUGGCUGGGCAGUUGGUACCCAGGUUCAAGGCAGGAAUGGGGAGGGUGGGCGGGUCACAAGGAGGCCAAGUCAGGGCUCCCUCCUUGCCCUGACCAUGAGGUUUCUUUUGCACUGGGGAUAAGCGUGGGAGAGAUUCACUCUUCCUGUCCAGUCCUUUGCCUCUUGGGAAAAUCCAGCUACCUGGCAUAAUGUCUGGUGCUCAGGCUGGGUCAGAGCUUAGUGUGGGGGAGAUAAGUGUCACCUGGGACAGGUUCUGGGUCUAGCCAGGACCACUCUGGAGAUGUGUGGAGUUCAUCUGGACAGGGCCCAGCCCUAGCCUUUGGGCAGGAAUAGGGCAAAACUGACAGACCUCACUUUGAACCUCAAGGAUAAGGACUCUCUCUCUCUCUCUCUCUCUCUCUCUCUCUCUCUCUCUCUCUCUCUCUCCCUCUCCCUGUGGGAAAGCCCUUGCCCGAUGGGCCCACUCUGCCUGAGAGAAGGUCCUUCUCUCCCCACCCCACCUACACCUACCUCCUAUGACUUCUCCACCCUUCCCACUCUGCCUCUUCAAAACGGCACCCCCCAGAGGUUGCUCACAUGGGCUCCCCCAUGGACAGGGACCUGUCGUAAGCCAUGACCCAAAUGAUUCCUCUGCACUGUGCAAUGUGGGUGACUUGCCCAAAGUAGUGUGAAAUGCUCACCUCCCACAUUCUAGGUUCUAUACUCCUGUUAAUGUAGCCCGUGUCCUUAUGAGCAUUUUUGUGAUGAUGUCUUACAGUCUGUCCUUGAACAUUUCUUGCAGGCCUGAGCCUAUCUCUUUCUUACCAGCUGCUGCUCAGGCUGAACCCAAUCCCAGUUUAUAAGGUGCCUCUACCCAGGUGAGAUACUCUACUGGCCAGGAGUGUUAAUGCUGAGCUCUGACCCCCUCAGCCCUGCUCAGACUCAGAGGCAGGGAGUUAUACAUUGUGACUUUGGGGGCUCUCGAGUGUCUAUCUGUGGUUGGGGAUGGGGCUGUGUCCACCACAGGCCCAAGUUCCCCUAUAGUCCCCAUUCCUUUCAUGUCCUGCCCAGUUACCCCUCCAGCAGCUGUCCUGGAGACCCCAAGAACUGAGAGCCCCACAGCACAUAGAGACCACACUAUGGCCUAGUGCCAGGAUGCCUUCCUUAAACCAACUGCCUACAGAUUUCUAAGGACACAGGAGCUAGGGGACAGGAGGGCCUGACUCACCAUCUAAUCCUGUGGCAGGCACUGGUGGGGGUGGGGAAUGAAGACCCUAAGGGAACCAGGGACAGGCCCAGGGCCCCUCCUGCGGACCCUAGUCAAACCGUCUGGCUCUUCGGUGUGGACAUCUGGCCUUGUUCUCAGUGCCCAGGCCCCCCGCCUGGUGGGUGAGGUUCUUUACUCUGUUGCCGUAUACUAUUUUCAGCCCAAGUAAGAACAGGAUUUUCCACUCCCAGCCCCAGACCAUUGUCCAGCAGUGACGUGGAGGGACCUGCCUGCUCUCAAAAUAUCUCCUCUUACUCUCUGGGCCUUGCUGCCCUUUCCCCACCUCCUCGCCCUGACAUCACUUCCUGGGGCUGUUGACUCCUGAAGGACGCUGUGAAAGGUCACAGCCCCUGACAGGGACCCCAGGGAUUAUCCAGCCCAGCUGCAGACUCAAGGCCAGAGAGGGGCAGGGCCUUGUCCAAGGUCACUCAGCAGGUCAGCGUGGUGCCUGGUCGUGCGCCAGGGGCUCGGGCUGCCCCUGCAGCUCUGCUCCAUUUAGUGCAGGUCAGUGCCUUUGUGGGAAUCCUGCCAUCACCCCCACCACCCCAGCUCUUCCCACCUCUGAUGGAGCUGGGGAGCUGAGGCCAGGGACCUGGGGCGGAGGGGGGCGGGAAGAGCAGCUGGGAGGAGUAAAUGCCUGCUGACUGGCCUACAGCAGCUCUUCUCAGUGAGCUCCGUGCAACGGGGGCAGGGGCCCUGGCACAUAGGGGUCUCUGCCCCGGGUGGCAUUUGUCCCAGGAAGGACACCCUUACCCUCCAAAGGCUAGGAAAGGCCCUGGCCAACAUGCCCUCCAGACACAGUUACUCCUAUCUUGGUCCAAGUCAGGCCACCAAAGCUACCCCUCUGCCACCACCCUUGUCAAGGCAGAUUUGGGCUGAUCUGUUUAGAGCCAGGCCCCUGAGGAAGGGAGCUAAGGUACUGACCCAUGUCCCAGGCACCAGGCAGUGCCCUGUCACAUCCAUUAUUAUUUAUUCUUUACCACCACCGUGUGAAAUAGACAUUAUUACCCCCAUUUAGCAGAUGAGAGGACAGGCUCUGAGAGGUAAGGACUUGCUCCAGGUUAUACAGGCAGUAAACUGGUGAGUCAAGAUUGAGUUCAGGUCCAUCUGAUGCCCAGAUUAGUUCCCUUUCCAGUAUCGCAUGCCACUUGCAACCCCUGUGGGGCAGGAGAGUUUGUAAGCGACCCUUUGUGUGAUUCAAGAUGAGAGAGGCAGUCUAGUGAGGAUGGAGUUAAGAGCACCAGUUCUCUGCCCAGACCACCUGCGUUUGAGGGUUGUCUCCACUUCUUCCAGCUGUGGCACCUUGGGCAAAUCAAUCUUGCAGCACCUCCAUUUUCUCAUUUCUAGAAGGAGAUACUACCUCCCACGUAGGGCAUUGGGAGGCUUACCUGAAUGAACACACAUGAAGCACUUAGAACAGGACCUGGCACAUGAUAAGCGUUUACACACCAGGCACUGUGCCAAGGGGAUACAGAGGCGAGCCAGCUGGACCCUGCCCUCAGGGAGUUGACAUAACUUAAUAAGUAACCACAUUGGGAUAAGUGAGUUGAAGGAAAGGACAGUGUGUCCGGCCAGUGAGCAAGAGAGUGUCCCCUGUGGGUGAGGCUUCGCCAGGGUGUGGCGGGAAAGAGCAGGUCCAUCCUGGGGUGAGGUGUGGGACCACCCUCUGCCCUGCUUGGCACUGGGUGGCUCUCAGGCUCAUGAGCUUGUGUGUGUUUACAGAACCUUGUCCAGGCGAUGGGCUGUGGAAGGGCAGUAAGGAGAAGUGAUGGCAGGAGGAGGAAGAUGAGGAUGCCUCUGAUCUUCCAGAGCCCUCCCCUAUGGGCUUGAGGGCUCCCACCCACCCAUGGCAGCAGGCUUAGCCAUUUCUCCCAGACUGGUGGUGCCCACCACAGGGUGCUGCAGCCUCUCCUUGGUUUAUCCAAGAGUCAGAGACCCAGGGCUGGAGGACUGGCCUGGAGCUGGGCCAGAGCAGGCAAUGGAUGGGCAGUUUUUGCUGUGUGACCUGAGGCCAACUGCUUGCCCUCUCUGUGUCACUCUAUAGAACCUGAAGACCUUGCUUCCCCCAUUCCAGUUCUCCCUACCUUAGGGCAGCAGCCGCCCAGAUUUUUCGUCAAAGACACAACUAACAGCUACUCCCCCAGGCACUCCCAAGACCCUAUGAGCCCUCAGUUCUGAGGACUAGAGUGGGGCAGUGGGUCUCCCCUAGUAUCAAGUGACCAGAAAGGUGAAGUGACUCCACUGGCACCACACAUUGCCUUGGAGUGGAGCCAGUUGAAUGUCUGAUGCUUCUGCCUCCUGUGGGGUGGAGGCUGGAACUUGGCCAGGAGUCACUGGGCUGCAGGAUGAAGGAUGCAUUUACCUUCCCCAGGGGUAUGUGCUUGAGGUGUGGGGUGAAGGGUGGGGGAAAUGAGCUCCAGAAGCCAAACUCAUCCUCCUCUGUCCUGAUGCACCAUGUGACACGGUGAAUUUUUUCUUUCUGGGCCUCAGUUUCCAAUUUCCCCAUGUGCAGCGGGCCCUGGCUCUGCCCGGCCACUCCAGCCUCCUCAGUAGGGCUCGCCUCUCUCUUGGCUCCAGCUCAGCCAGGUGUCCAGUCUCAGCCCUGUCCCAGCCAGGAACAAUGGGCCAGACCGAGCCAGCCCCCAGGGGCUCACCUGAGACUAUUUUCAGCCCUUGGAGAUGAAGUCAGAAAAGGAUUUUCCACUCCCAGCACAAUGGCUGCCCUGCACCAUUGUCCAGCAGGCAUCCGCCUGCCCCAAAGUAUCGCCCCUGCUUCUACCCUCUGGGCCUCCCUGCCCUACUCCUCACUUCCCAAACUUGACAUCACUUCCUGGGCCUGUUACUCCUAAAAGCCACUGUGAAACAGCAUGUGAGCCCCCUGGGAGACCUGACCAACUGGAAUCAGUUUUCCCUCUUGGCAGGGACCCCAGGGAUUAUUUGGCUGCAUUGAGAGACGGGAGACCAGAGAGGCCUGUGCCUCACCCAGGGUCAUGCAGCGGUCAGCAUAGAGACGAAAUGUGAGGCCAGGGCUCUCUGGCUUCUUCCGUUUCCUCCAUCAGCACUGGUCUGUACCUCCUGGGAGUGACAGCUCAUCUUGGAAGGCCUGGGGUGGACAUCCUGGGGAGAAGCCUGAGUGAUGUGGGUGAGAGGGGGUGUACCUUGGGUUCUGACCUUGGAGCUCCCGAUUCAGUUCUGUUUGUACCAACUGUGACUUUAGUGUGUGCUGAACUCAGAGUUACCAAGUAGCAGCUUCAGGGAAAGGAGGAGGUCUGGGGACACAGGGAAGCUGAGGCAGGAAGAUCAGGGUUCUGGCCCAGUUUAGCCACCACUAGCCCUGUGAUUGCAAACUCAGUUUCUUCAUCUGUAAAAUGGAACUGAUAGUACCUCCUUUUCCAGUUUACUGAACAGUGAGCAUGCAGUAAGGCACAAAUGUGCAACUGUUUUAUUUUUCUCCCAUCGACUCUCUCUGCUUGAUGACGUCUAAUUUCCCUUUUCCAUCCACAACUGCAUAUUUGGUAAACUCCACAACUUUGAGUCACUUUUGGAUAACAACUGAAGUUCAGUCCAGUUUAAAAUUCCAAUCGCCUACUUAAUUUACUGCUCCCUCCUCCUCUUCCCCUGUGCUGGGAGGACCCUGUUCCCUCUCCUUCGCGUGCCCCUCUCCUCUGGAUGUGGGGCAAGGUGAGGAGGAAAGGGACCAGUGGAUCAUCCCCAGAACUGCCACAGCCCCCUCUUGCUGUCCUUGCUUCUCUGAUCCUGACAACCUGUCAUCAGUGCCCCUCUGCAUGGAAUCCCCCAAACACCAGACCACACUUUUGUAAAAGUCUCUUCAUUAAACAAUCCCAAAGUCACCAAUCUGAGUGUGACCCAUCUUUCCUCCCUGAGUGAUUUUCCUAGAGCUUCCCUCACCUGGCUUGGGAGUGGGAAAGCCCUUGUCCGGCCCCCUCCCCCCUCCCGCUAGGUUGUGAACUCACAGCUGCAGAGAUGUCAGGUGUUCUGCUUGUAGAGUCAAGAGUGAUGGGUGGGGGACUUCCCUGGUGGCACAGUGGAUAAGACUCUGUGCUCCCAAUGCAGGGGGCCCAGGUUCAAUCCCUGGUCAGGGAACUAGAUCCCACAUGCAUGCCUCAACUAAGGAGCCCACCUGCCACAACUAAGGAGACAGUGAGCUGCAACUAAGGAGCCCACCUGCCACAACUAAGACCUGGUGCACCUAAAUAAAUAAUAAUUGUUAAAAAAGAGUGAAGGGUGGUAGAGAGCUGGGCUAAUAAACUGAGAGAAGGUAUCUAACCCCAAUUGUUUUCAGGUUACUUUAGUAGGUGGGUAUUUUACCCCUCUGUGUCCUCAGAUUUAUGUCCUGGAGCCAAAUUCCAAAUCAGCAGCCACAUGAAAAGUCCUACCUCACUGUGGGAUUAAACUGUCAGACCAGCCUUUGUGACCAAAGCAAUUGCAAAAUGUGGGGGAGGAAAUUAAAAGUCGUCACCCAGCC